AUGGCCUUCCAAGCUCUGCGCGAUGAGGUAGUGUACUACUAUGGCUACUCUCAAGGCCGUGGCUUCUCAAUCAGUGAUAUCUUGUCGAGGUCAUCCGCCAAGAUGUUGUCGCAAGUCUCAUCUCUCAUGACUAUACCGCUACCAUUGCUGUCUUUCCUCGCCGUUCCAUUCUUCGGCUCUUCUUCCACCACAAUCAGUCUUGCUUUCUUUCUCUUGACAUGGGUGACUCUGGUGUCGACUCAUGAUCCAUUGUACUUGGAGUUAAUUGGAACCCUCACCAUCAGGAUCAUCUUCUUCGUGCUUCCCAGUCUCGCUGUUCUAGGCUUCGACACGCUCAUCCCUAGUCUCUCGGCCAGCAUCAAGACCCGUGGUGCUGCUCAGCUUCCCACCCAACUCAAUUCGCGUCGCUUGAGAAAUGUGUUGUUUGUCUCCAUAUUCAAUGUCGCUUUUUCAGUCUUCGCUCAAGGCGCAUGCGAUUACGUGCUCACAGAGGUCUUGAACAUCCGUUCUGCCAUUCGUGUAAGCAAGAUUCCACCAGCUCCAUGGCCAACCAUGGUUAAGGAAGUGCUUUAUGGCCUGGUCUGUCGUGGGUUCUUGCACUACUUCAUACACCGUGAUAUACUGCACGCUUCUCCCAGAGGAUCGAUUCUGGCACGUUGGCAUGCCGACUGGGCGCACAGCUUGAAGCAUCCCUUCUCUCUUACCGCUACUUACGACCACCCCAUCUGCCACCUCCUGACUGAUUGGGCGCCAUUAUAUCUGACAACCUUGUUCUUCCGCUUCCACGUCUUGACAUGGUACAUUCUUACGGCUAUCGUCAGCCUGGAGCAAUUCUUCAUCUACUCUGGCUACUCUGUACUACCCUCACAGAUCUUGCUGGCUGGUAUGGCUCAGAGGACGGACUCCCACUAUGCGACUGGCGGCAAAGGCAACUAUGGUCACUGGGGCGUCCUGGACUGGGUCUUCGGAACUGGGUGUCCUGGUGAUUCCGAUGUCAUGGAUGAUGUCCAAGAAGAGGCGGAUAAGCGAGGAGUCAGACAGCGCGCAUCAAACAUGAUGGAAAAUGCUGGAGACAGAGUCAGGAGAGCUAGUGACAAGGCUCAUAGGAGCCCCUCCCAGGGGCGAAGGAGGAGCAAGAGACAAGCAGUCCGGGACUAG